ACGUCGACAGGAACUGACUAGAAACCAUGUAUUUUAGUACUACAAUAUUGUGAUUAAACUAUAUUUUUACUAAGUUACUAACAUUCUACACCCAAAUUUGGAAAUGUUUGUAUACCAGACUUAUAUUAUUUGAGUCUGUAUUCCCUUGAUGACUUAUCUCAUCAUAACGUAAACCUCAUCAUGUCUGUAUUUGGCUUGGUCAACUAUAAUGAAGAGCAGUACCUGUCAGCGAACAAUUCUGUUGUAACAAAAGAAAAGUGUAUAUAUUACAACCGCACAACUGGACGAAUUAUUACUCCAGCGUAUGAAGGAAUACCAGAAAACCUACUGCUUAACUUUCUUGGAUGGAUUAUGCUGGUUACCCUGUUCGCAUGCUUGAGAAAACGAGCGUGGAAUUAUGGGAGGCUCGCAUUAGUCCAAAAAAACGAAGAAAGGUGGACCCAGCUGUUCUACGGUACGCUGGAUGACGUAGUCGGAGCCACGGAGGUGAACUCUGUCACAUCUCUUGACUCAACAGUACACAUUGACCGGGGCUUUUGUUCCUGGAUAAUUGCUAUAUUUAAGAUCAAGGAUGAAAACAUCCUUGCCAAGAGUGGGUAUGAUGCCGUCCAAUACUUGUCUUUCCAACGGCACAUAAUCGUCCUGGUGGCGAUCAUAUGUGUCAUUUCCCUGUCUGUAGUUCUGCCUAUCAACUUUCAAGGCUAUUUACAAGCGGAAGAGCGGUCUUUCGGACACACUACUGUUAGCAAUCUGGAGCCCGGUUCUAACUGGCUAUGGGUGCAUGUCACGCUGUCCCUGCUGUAUCUCCCAUUGGGUAUCUACAUAAUGCGAAGAUUCUCUGUAAACCUGAAGGUGGAAGACAGAGACACAGUAUCUCGUACUUUGAUGAUUUCAGACAUCCCACGACGCUCCUGUGACGCUGACGAUCUUCACAGACACUUCAGAGAAGCCUACCCAGAGUUUGAAGUUCAAGGGAUUCAGUUAGCCUACAACAUCACCAAAGUUAGUCGAUUAGAUAAAGCAAGAGAGACGGCAUAUCAAGCUAGAAUCUACUGUGAUAACUACUUGAAGGACACGGGCAUUAGGCUGCAGAUGAGGCCGUACCUGUGUGGAAACAUAUGUUCAUGUUGUGACAUGUACGGGUGUCCUACGGUGGACGCUAUAGACUACUACACUGACGAGGAGAGUAGACUACAGGCUCAGGUGGAUCUGGAACGCACAACAGCUCUGAAGCGUCCGCUGGGCAUUGUGUUUGUUACGCUAGUGUCUAUAGCAGCGGCGAAGAAGAUCUACUCGGACCACCAACGUCGCUACGCCUGCCUCAACAACCUACCUGAGUCCUCUGUUAGUCGGAGACUGAAACAUCACAGGUGGAAAGUGCAGUUUGCGCCGUCACCUAGGGAUAUAUGCUGGGAGAAUCUGUCUGUUUCUCGGAAGAACUUCCAGAUAAAAGCUUGGUUGCUCAAUGGGUUCCUUUCUGUGGUUUUCUUCUUCCUCACGACUCCCCCUAUCAUUGUUAGUGUUAUGGACACUUUGGUCUUCAACCAGGUGGAGAAAAUGGGUCCGGUAGUGUCAGAGUUCCUCCCCACCCUGCUACUGUGGACCGUUGCAGCGCUUCUGCCGGUGAUUGUGUCUCACAGUGAUGAGUGGCUGAAUCACUGGACUCGGUCACAACGCAAUCACUCCAUCAUGCGCAAGACCUUCAUCUUCCUACUCUUCAUGGUGCUCAUAUUGCCUGCGCUAGGACUGACAAGUGCUCAAGCUUUUGUGCUGUUUGCGCUUGACUCACACAACGAGACAUAUCGGUGGGAAUGUUUGUUCAUGCCCGACAAAGGUGCUUUCUUCGUCAAUUACGUCAUCACAUCAGCGUUCAUCGGAACAAGUCUUGAGCUGAUUAGGUUUCCCGAGCUGUUUGUUUACACGCUGCGGCUGUGCCUAGCAAGAUCCAAAGCAGAGUCCGUAUCCCUGAGGAACACUAUCAUGUGGGAGUUCCCGUUUGGACUGCAGUACGCGUGGAUGUUGCUCAUCUUUGCUAUGACAACUGUCUUCAGCCUCUCAUGUCCACUGAUUACUCCGUUUGGGCUGCUGUACAUGUGCUUGAAGCACUGCGUAGACAGGUACAACCUGUACUUUGCCUACGGCCCGUCUAAGAUCAGCACGCGCAUACACGCAACUGCUAUCAAGUACGUGGUGUUGUCUAUAGUGCUGCUGCAGUUCAGCUUCAUGCUGCUCUCAGUGAUGCGACAAGGUUUUAACACCAUAUCAAUUUACGCCCUGACUGGUUUUGUGGUCACUAUCAUCAUUUUUAUUCUACACAGUAACCUAAGGUUCUGCAGUGGUCUCAGCCCUAUCUAUCACCAGGCAAAGCCGGCACCGUCGGCCAGUCCCAGCCUGAGUAGUCCCCGACACGGCAGCGCGGCCAGACACCAGUUUGUGCCUGACGUGUUGCUGCGAGGUACCACCGGCGCAGGGGACAGUUCGGCGCCGCGCCAGCCUGACCUGGUCACUGUGUACAGUCCUGGGGAGAGUUGCAGUACCAGCCAGCGCAACUACGGAACCGAUCAACAUAGAGCCGCAGAUCCUGAUUCAGAUUCCAACUCUCGGUACCAGAAUUAUGACACCAACAGCACUCAAGCAUAAGUGCAACUACUAUGUUCUGCAAUCUCGCAUUUCUCCUCUUUACUAGUCACUGUCUCUUCCUUGUAAAUAUAUUUAUUUUUGUUUUAUUGUUUCAAGCUAUAACGUGUAAGUGAGUUAGUAGAUUGUAAAGAUUUUCUUCGUCUAAUGCUUGUCUCAGUUAAACAAACAGAGCUGUGAGAUUAGAAGUGUUUUCUGUGAUAGUCUUCAAUAAGAACAGUGUGGCACAUAUCGUUUAGUGUAUUCAGAAAUCCAAAACACAUAGUUUGUAUUAAAUAUUUAAAAACAAUUUUGCUCAUAAGAAUUUCUUAAAUCUAUUUUAUUACAUUUUAAUUUUUAACCACAUUUUCCUUUUAGAUAUACAUUAUCCUUUUAGAUUUUUCAUUUUCUUCUGAUAUGCCCAUAUUUACAUCACAACUCAAAAUUAGUAGUUCUUAUCACAAAACUGAUUUUAAAGAUUUUAUUGUGCUUCUUUUUAUAUAGAGAAUGCAAUAUCAACAAUAAAAUAAAUUUAUAGGUGAUAAUUUUAAAUAUUUUAUGCUGAAUACUUUUCUAAACACCGGAUUGUCUAACAUUAAACUCAAACGAUAGUCUGUGAAAAGUUAUGACAUCCAACUUGGACUGAAUUGAAAUUAAAUUAACAAAAGAGUACGCUUUUGCAAUGUUGCACAAACCAUUAGCUGGUUAUAUGUAGUGUGAUUGUAAUAGCACUGUUUUUUAUAAAUUUUCUUUUUUUUAGGGAUAAAAAAACAUUCCUUUUUUAUUACAAGAUAUAUUUUAGUUUGUUUAACA